AUGAAGCAGGUCGGUCCCUGGAUGGGAGACCAGAUGUAUCUGAAACUAAGCAGGUCGGUCCCUGGAGACCAGAUGUAUCUGAAACUAAGCAGGUCGGUCCCUGGAGACCAGAUGUAUCUGAAACGCCAUGGGUUAGCUUUAUUUCUCGUCAUAACUCUGUGUGGCAGCCUGUUCUUUAUCUACCACGCUGGUUUCCAUGGUACCACCAACGCGGCCGUGGCGGGGAGGUCCAGAGACGGGAGUGAUGUAGCGAGAAGAAGAUGGCAGACUGAGCAGCAGCAGACCACCAGAACCCCACCUCCUCACCCUACAGUCCUACAGGGAUACAGCGGUAUCAUCGACCACAAGCCUCUGAAAAUGCACUGCCAUAGCUGUGCGUUGGUCACCAGCUCUGGUCACCUGAUAGGUGGUGGUCGCGGCGAGGAGAUCGACCGGGCGGAGUGUGUCAUCCGUAUGAACGACGCCCCCACGGCGCUGGGGUACGGGCGAGACGUCGGGCGCCGCACCUCGCUACGCGUCAUCGCUCACUCCAGCGUGCAGAGGGUCCUACGGAACCGCCACGAACUGCUCAAUACAUCCCAGGACACAGUGUUUAUCUUCUGGGGGCCCAGUAGUUACAUGCGACGGGAUGGGAAGGGUCUGGUCUACAAUAACCUGAGGUUGAUGAACCAGGUGUUGCCCAAACUAAAGGUCUACAUGAUCUCCAGGCAGAAGAUGUUGCAGUUCGACGAACUCUUCAAGAGGGAGACGGGAAAGGACAGGCGUAUCUCCAACUCAUGGUUGAGUACUGGUUGGUUCACUAUGACCAUAGCUCUGGAGCUGUGUGACCGGAUCAAUGUCUAUGGCAUGGUGGCUCCAGACCACUGCAGAGAGCCCCAGCCCCCGUCCUCCCCCUCCCCAUACCACUACUACGAGCCGCUCGGUCCAGAGGAGUGUGCCAUGUACAUCAGCCAUGAGCGAGGCCGCAGGGGAAGCCAUCACCGCUUUAUCACAGAGAAGAGGGUCUUUGCCAGCUGGGCUCGAACCUUCAACAUCCACUUCUACCAGCCUGACUGGGAACCCCUGCCGCUGGCCCCCGCCGCUGACCCCCGCUAA